CUGUUCCGCUCGGUAAGUGAUCGGCAGAGAUGCUAUAGCGUCGUGAGGAUCAGACGUUUAUAAGAUGGCGGUGGUAUAUUUCGACUGGCUCGAUUAUGUGGUUUUCGGUGGAAUGCUGCUGCUGUCGGCGCUUAUUGGAGUCUACUUCGCUUUCUUCGCCCAGAAGAAGCAGAAUACGACUUCGGAAUACCUGAUGGGUGGAAAAACCAUGGGCAUGUUCCCCAUCUCGAUGUCCUUGAUAGCCAGCUAUAUAUCCGGAAUUUCUCUACUUGGGCUGCCCGCUGAAAUGUACACAUUUGGCACACAGCUAUGGACGAUAGUUUUAUCAGAAUGGGCCGUGUCACUUACCAUCGCUAUAGUCUAUCUGCCCGUCUUCUAUAAGCUUCAAAUUACUUCAACUUAUGAGUAUCUUCGGAUGCGAUUCAAUAGCAACGUAAGACUGCUGGGAUCAAUUAUAUUUAUCAUCAAAAUGUUGCUCUACAUACCCAUUGUGAUAUAUGUACCGGCUCUAGCUUUUAGUCAAGUGACUGGAGUGAACCUUCACAUGAUAACGCCUAUAGUUUGUCUCGUCUGUAUAUUCUAUACAACACUUGGUGGUAUCAAAGCCGUGGUAUGGACGGACGCUCUACAGACCAUCAUGAUGUACAUUGGAGUGCUGAUAGUGCUGGUGUAUGGGACUUGGCGUUUGGGUGGCGUAGGUGAAGUUAUAAGGAUCAACAAGGAAGGUGAUCGGCUUGAUUUUUUCAACAUGGACUUGGACCCGACCAUACGCCACACAUUUUGGACUACUGUCUUCGGAAACUACUUCGGAUGGCUUUCUCUAUGUGCGGUCAACCAAGCUACUGUACAACGGUGUUUAGCUCUCUCGUCCUUGAGACGUGCAAGGAUCACAAUCUUCAUAAUGGCAGCUGGUAUAUUCAGCAUAGUAUCUCUAUGUUGUUACACUGGACUCGUCAUAUACGCGACCUUCGCCAAGUGUGAUCCGCUCAGUACGGGCGCUAUAAGGAAAAACGACCAGCUUCUACCCUACUUUGUGAUGACGAUCACGGGUUCGAUCCCUGCACUACCCGGCCUCUUCAUGAGCGGAGUCUUCAGCGCCGCUUUGAGUUCCAUGUCCACGGGGCUCAACUCAAUCUGUGGAGUGAUAUUCGAAGAUAUGAUUCGACCUACAUACAAUAAACCCAUCUCAGAGAGAACUGCUAGUCUCAUCAUGAAGAUUAUUGUGGCUGUAGUAGGUGCCAUGUGUGUGUCGUUAGUAUUCUUAGUGGAACACAUGGGUGCGCUGAUACAAGCUGGCAAGAGCCUCGCUGGCAUCACCGCUGGCAGCUUACUUGGACUGUUCACUAUGGGCCUGUUUAUACCCUGGAUUAAUUCCACGGGCGCUCUAAUAGGUGGUAUAUCGUCCACUUUACUCGUCGGCUGGAUAUCAAUCGGCACCCAAGCUGCUAUGAUGCGAGGCGAUAUCAUCGUGGUGCCCAAACCCGUGGAUGUGUCUGGCUGCGGGGAGAAUAUAACCAUACCCUUCAUGGCUACGCAACCUUCUGUGGAGUUUGACAGAUCGGGCACCUUCUUCCUGUACAGAAUAAGUUACUUGUAUUACACCUUCAUUGGGAUGAUGGUUUGUAUCAUCGUUGGUUCCAUUGUCACCUACUUCACGGAACCUAAUGAUCCGACCAUGGUCCAUCGUGACCUCCUAACGCCUGUGAUUCAUCGCUGGCUGCCACCACAGAGCGUGCAUUGCCGCCGCCCGCGCCUUACGCAGCACACCGUUGAUUUACAAUCGCGUGAGCUCGACCGCCUAACCACCAACCCUGCCAUCUCGAAGCCGAUUAGUUAUUAAGAAAGAAAAAAGCUGAGAGAUAACAGGGAGAUCUGAUGUUUGUUAUUUAGUUUAAACAAAAUUUUGUUGGAUAUUAAACAGAAAAUGGGAAACAUAAAUUGUGGGUAGCAAUUUUUGAUUUUUUGUAGCAUAGAAUUGUAUUUUGUUACGAUUUAAUGUAUCUGUUGUCUCACACCGAAGCGAACAUUUUUUUUGCCUUCGAUAUCAGAAUAUCAUAUAGGGUAGAAUAUUAUAGGUAAUUAAGUAAUUUUGACAUUCCAUUUUAGUUGCUAAGAAAAGUGUUCAAUUUAGGCAUUUUGUAACGUAGCU